AUGGCCGCCGCAGACACCGCCAGCUCAGGCGCCGGCGACAUGCCGUGUCCCGACCCCUCCGUCCACCAACAUCAGAACAAGCUGUCCGAGCAGGCCUCUACCGCCGCCCUCUACGUUACCCAUCCCGAGCGUGCCUCCGAUCGCGGUCACUCCGAGACGCGUGAGAAUCCGCUGGGAGCCGACGGCAAGCUCUCCUCCAAAAGUGAGUACAUACUCGCCGACAUGAUCUCAAACACACGUCAUGUUUGCUGAAACUCUUGCCUCAGGUGCCGCCGCAUCGUUGAAGUAUGCGAAGCCGCAAGAUCUCCCUUCCUUCCCCACCACCGGUGCUUCCGCCGACUCGGCUGGCAAGGCUGCAACGCUCGCCAAGGACUACAAGAUGAAGGAACUCUGGCAGCCCGAGCAGAGUCUCGCGGGCUCCAAGGCGGCAAUUUUGGCGGCGGAAAAGGGCGGCAAGCUGGAUCUGUGGCAGGCGUCCGCCACCCCAGAGGGACAUUCGGCCGCGACACUGGCCAUGCGCAACAAAGGUCUGAGUCCGAACGUCUACACCGGUGUGGAUGCCGACAACCGCAGCAAGGCGUUGCUGGCCGCGACAAUGUCUCAUAACAAGGGCAGACAACGAGCUGGAUCCACGCCCGCACCUCCACCUCCAGCCUAUCCUGAUUCGCACAACUCUACCAAAAACGCGCUGAACGCCGCGACUGUCUCCCACGGCACAUCCAGGUCGAUGAAGGGUAUGGCCCCGGAUGGCUGGAGCUCAGAGGCUAUGCAAGCCGCGCGUAUCAAGAACGUUGGAUCGCGCAUGGGCGGCGUAGAGCAGUUUGGCGAGCAUCCCACGGUCGAGAUUCCUGGCGAGCGUGAAGAGGCUACGCAUCAGGCUGCUCUGCGAGCAUCUGCCAUUUCCAUGGCCAAGACCAUCUACGAGACACAGAACCGAACCGCGUUGACUGAUGAUCCCGAAGAGAUUGCCGCCCGAGCCGCAGCAGGACGAAGCUCAACGUCCACACAGCCCGACAUCAAGCAAGAGGCUAUGCGAUAUAUCAAUCUGCAAGAGGCAGCGCAUAAACUGGCAUCCGAACGACUGGCCAAGGUCGACAAGAAUCUCGAGGCAGCCCGCUUCCGCGAAUAUUACGGCUACGAAGACAAGCCCAAGAGGUUGUCUUCGCGAAUGUCAAUGCGUAGCGCGGGUGGCCGUAGUCGUCAACGGAAUCGAGCAUCAAGUGAAGGCACUGCGGACCGAGAUGACGACAGCGACGACGAGGAACAAGCGCGCCGCAUACGCACGCAGAUGUCUCAGCUGAGCACCGGUCUUGGACAGGUCGAUCAAAAGAAGCAGCAGGACGACCGCGCGAGACUCCUUGCAGCCGCUGAGAAGAAGGUCAGCGCUCGCAUGCACAACAUGAAUGAAAAGGUUUACGCGGAUACCGGCAAGAUCCCCCCAGCGCUGCAGGAGGAGUGGGAAGCAAAGGCACGCGACCGUGCUCAGAGGGACAGAGAGCUGCAGGCACAGAAUCCUGGCAAGACCCACAUUGGUGGAGGAAAGUUCAUGGAUCAAUCCGACAUCGACGCUAUCGCUGCGGCAAGGCUGAAGCCGACCUUGGACGAGAUCACCGACACCGCCGAGAAGAAGCGCGCGAGGGACGAGGAGCUCAGACUGGAGAAGGAAGAGCAGGAGAGACAGAAGCGCGAGGAGAGGGCUCAGAAGAAGGGAGAGAAGGAUGAGCAGAAGCGGGUCAAGAGUGAGUAUGAGUCAACGCACCGGUUUGCUCAUUGCUGACAUGUUCGCAGAUGAAGAGAAGGCCGAGGCCAAGAAGGUCAAGGACGAGGAAAAGGCACGCAAGGCGGAAGAGAAGCGUGUCGUCAAAGAGGACAAACGUAAGAGCCGCGAACAGAACAGGGAUGAAGGCCAGAACGCUGCUACUGCCGGGGCUGCUGGCGCCACCGUCGGAGAGGUUGCCGAGAAGGUCAAAGACGACGAUACUGCCGACGACGCCGCAUAUCAGAAGCAUCGAUCGGCGCUCAAUAGGCUUAAGGAGAAAUUCCGAAAGAGCCAAGCACCGGAGGGAGACACCAAUUAUGCAGUCGAAGAAAAACACGACAGUAAUGUGAACAAGAGCACUGUCGCAGGCGUCGCAGGUGGCGCGGCGACUGGAGCAACAUUGGCAGAGGUGGCAGACCACAAGGAGGGGCGCCCUUCAGAGCCCUUGGACCCCCAGCAUGCUACCCACGAUGGGAAGGAGCAGGUCUCACCUGUGUUCGCCGAGGGGAAACCUUAUCAGCCUGACCCUACGAACGCGAUGGAUCCCGAUGCGAAGGGUGUCGACGCUGAAGAUCCCGCUUCUGACCUCAAGACCGCUCGAGACGUCCACGCUGUCGACAAGUGGAACACAAUGCCUGGGGCAGCAACUGCCGCUACUAUACCUACGCUCGUCGCAGAUGAUGAUGAUGCGGCUUCUGAAGCUGACGACGAGUUCGAUGAGCCAACGUCGAGACCAGAAAGACCCAAGUUCGAGCAGCAGCCUAGCCUGGUAGGUUAUGGAAACGACCACUCGUCGGAAGCGUCGAAUAAGCUAAAUCUGGAGCGACACAUUUCUGCAAUUCCAGACAGCGAUGAUGAGUUCAAUGACGACGACGAUGAUGAAGACUGGAAUGACGAGAGAAAGCCUCAGAACUUUGUGGAAAAAGACCACGCUCUGGCUGUCGCCGAGCGAGUGGCUGCUGCUCCUGUCAUUGAUAGAGCUGCUGCCCCGCCAGAGGUCCAGAGUGAAGAGACCGCUUCACGAAUGGAUGAUCAGCGCGCCGAGGCUCCAAAAGAUUUGCCAUCGACUAUCGAGGCUCCAGGUGUUCCAAAGGCACAGCUGGAGACUGAGCCGGAUCACAAGGAGCACACCAUAUUACGUCAGAUCGUCAAUCCACAAGGCAAGAAGCACGAUGGGGAGGCGUUCGGACCCAACGCACACGAGAUCUCCGCGCCUUCCGAAGCCAAGACUAGCAUUGAUGAGAAGGAGAAACCCAACAAGCUUCAAAAGUCCUCAGCUCCUGCGGCAGCCGCCAGUGAGUCGAAGUCGCCCACGUUGCCUUCUUCAUCGGGCAAAGAGGGCAAGGAGAAAGAGCACAAGGGCCUCCGCGGCCUAUUCAGCAUGUUCGGAAACAAGAAAAACAAGGAGAGCAAGUAUCCUGACUUCAAAUCUGUUGGAAAAGACUCCAAGGACAGUAAACAGUCGAGCUCGGUGUCUUAUGAGAAGACCGAGGCCGGCGAGAAGCCAAUCAAGACGGGGACUGCUGCUAUCGCUGGUGCUGAUCACAAAGACAAGACGGCAGGUAACAAGGAAACCUCGCCCACUCUACCUCAAGUUGAUGCCGGACCAAGUCUCACCGGAGAACCAACUGGCACUGAAGGUGCCUCUGGCGUAAAGAGCCACGCCAGUGGUCAAGGCGUUAAUCCGCGAGCUGACUCUCCUUCUUCUUUCAAGCGAGGCGAACACGAACUCGAUGACCUGGACGAUGUUUCCUCCUCCGGCGCAGACGAGGAAGACGUGUCACGCGGUCGCGGAGGUCGUGUAGCUCGCCAGCUUGGUUUCGGCAACAGUCGAACCACGGAGACGGUCGGCAAGGGCAAAGGGCCUGCGAGGGAGACUGGCAAUGGGGAUCGGCAGAACAGCAACACCGAGGACGAACAGUUCGAAGAGGCCCGGGACCACUUUGACGAGACGCUUGCUCCUCCUCCUGCUUUUGCUGGACAGGCCAAGAGCGAGAGCCCUGUCAGCGGCACAAAGUUCCAGGAGGAACUCUAA